UGCUGCUGCCGCGGCUGCUGCUGCUGCGAGGCGAUCGCCGCUGCCGGCGGGAGGGGCAGGGAUGUGAGCGGCAGCGCCCGGGUCGGCUUGGCCCCCCCGCCCUUUUUUUUUUCUUUUUCCUUUUUUUUUCUUCCUCUCGCUUCCAAAAAAAGACCAAACCAGCCAACCAACCCCAAAAAACCCAGAGGGCGUGGGGGGGGGAGGGUGGGGGGGAUCCCGUGUCGUCGCCGCCACCCUUCGCUGGAUCCAUUGUGAGGAAAUUGCCAUUCGCCGGCAGCGGCGGCACAUCUGGGCGGGCACAUCUGGGCAUAGAUCACCGGCUCCCGCCGCCUUCCACCUACGUCCUCCGAGUCGGCUUAACGGAUCCCUCCGGGCCGCCGGGGAGGCUCCUGCUCGCCAGCCCCGGAGUCUUUCUUUCGGGCUGAACCUUGAAAAAAAAAAAAAAACUGGCAGCACGGGGGGUGGGGUGGGGUGGAAAUAAAGGCUGCUAUUUUUUCCCCUGGGAUUUAUUUCAUGGGGAUGUGUUCAAGACAAGAGAGGAUUCAGAAGGAUAUUGACGUUGUGAUCCAAAAGUGCAAGGCGGAGAAGGACUGCCUGUUUGCAGAUUUCAGGUACUCAGACUCCACCUUCACCUUCACCUACAUUGGAGACUCGAAAAGUGUAUCCUAUUCAGUGCAUGUCUCUGAGGAUUACCCAGAUAACACUUACGUUUCCAGUUCUGAUAACGAUGAAGAUGUGCUAGUCACAACAGAGCCAAUUCCAGUAAUUUUCCACCAAAUUGCUACAGAAUUAAUAAGAAAAAACAGUGAUGUCAACUAUUACUUAUCCAUAAAAUCAAAGUUACAGAGGGAGAAUGGAGAGGAGUCACGGCACAACAGCACAGUUGAAGAAGACUCUGAAGGAGAUAAUGAUUCUGAGGAAUUUUAUUAUGGAGGACAGGUUAGUUAUGAUGGAGAACUUCACAAGCACCCACAGCUGGAGGCUGAUUUGACAGCUGUGAGAGAGAUCUAUGGACCUAAUGCAGUAUCUCUCAGGGAAUACGGAGCCAUUGAUGAUGUAGAUAUUGAUCUACAUAUUGAUGUUAGCUUUCUUGAUGAAGAGAUUGCUGUGGCUUGGGAUGUGAUUCGCACAGAGCCUAUAAUAGUGCGGUUGCACUGCUCACUUACACAGUACUUAAAUGGUCCAGUGCCAACUGUGGAUGUAUUUCAGAUCUCUACUAAGGAAAGAUUUGGGCUGGGGCAUCAGCUGAAAAAGAUCAUGCAGACAUUUGUUACACAACAGUGGAAGAACAGUAAGGAGAAAUCUAAUUGUACGCACAAUAAGAAGGUGUCUGACAAAAAGGUGAAAUCCCCUCUGCACAUCUUUUCUACAUUGCGCAGGUCGCCAAGUUAUCCUCCUCCUGGCUGUGGUAAAAAUAAAUCAAAACUGAAGUCAGAACAGGAUGGCAUCUCCAAAACUCACAAGCUAUUGAGAAGGACUUGCUCUAGCACAGUGAAGGCGGAGGAUGUGUGUACCACAAAAUCUCACAGAACCUUUGGCCGCUCGUUGUCGAGUGACCCUCGGGCUGAACAGACAAUGGGUAUUAAAUCGCACAAACUGCUGAAUCGUUCCUGCUCUGCAGCUGUUAAGCAGGAAGAGUGCAUCACUUUAAAGCCUCAUAAGCUGUUAAGUAGGUCGUGCUCUGGGGAUCCUCGAUGUGAGCACAACAGCGCCUUGAAGCCCCACAAACUUUUAAGUAGGUCCUACUCCAGUAAUCUUAGAAUGGAAGAAUUGGAUGGAUUGAAGAAUCACAAGUUACUCACCAAGACUUACUCCAGUGCCCCUAAAUCAUCCAAAAUGGAGCCUUUCAAGGAGUCCACCAUGGCGGAGAGCAGGAGGCUCUCUCUUACCUCAGGGCUUAUUGGUAUCUUAACACCAUCUUCAUCAUCACCUUCACAAGCUGCUCAAAAUUAUGGUGCAAAAUGCGUUCCCGAGCGACACCGUGGCUUUCUUGUGCAGACUAUCGAAUUUGCUGAGCAGCGGAUACCAGUACUGAAUGAAUACUGUGUAGUUUGUGAUGAACCCCAUGUGUUCCAGAAUGGCCCUAUGCUGAGGCCCACUGUUUGUGAACGGGAGCUCUGUGUAUUUGCUUUCCAAACAUUAGGAGUGAUGAAUGAAGCUGCUGAUGCAAUUGCAACUGGGGCUCAGGUGGUUGAUCUCUUGGUAUCCAUGUGUCGGUCUGCAUUAGAGUCACCUAGGAAAGUUGUCAUUUUUGAGCCAUAUCCUUCUGUAGUUGAUCCUAAUGAUCCUCAGAUGCUGGCCUUUAACCCCAGGAAGAAGAAUUAUGACCGAGUCAUGAAAGCAUUGGACAGUAUCACUUCCAUUAGAGAGAUGACACAGGCACCUUACUUGGAAAUAAAGAAGCAGAUGGAUAAACAAGACCCGCUUGCACAUCCUCUUCUACAAUGGGUUAUUUCUAGUAAUAGAUCACAUAUUGUGAAGCUACCAGUGAAUAGGCAACUAAAGUUUAUGCACACUCCCCACCAGUUCCUACUUCUCAGCAGUCCACCAGCCAAAGAAUCCAAUUUCCGAGCUGCUAAAAAUCUCUAUGGAAGUACCUUUGCAUUUCAUGGUUCACACAUUGAAAAUUGGCAUUCCAUCCUGAGGAACGGUUUAGUUGUUGCUUCCAAUACGAGGCUGCAGCUCCACGGUGCAAUGUUUGGAAGUGGAAUCUACCUUAGUCCAUUGUCAAGCAUAUCAUUUGGUUACUCAGGGAUGAACAAGAAGCAGCAGAAGGUGUCAGCUAAAGAUGAACCAGCUUCAGGCAGUAGAGGCAGUAAUACAUCACAGUCACAGAAGAAAGGACAGCAGUCACAAUUUUUACAAAGCCGUAACCUAAAAUGCAUAGCCUUAUGUGAAGUGAUAACCUCACCCGAUCUGCACAAACAUGGAGAGAUAUGGGUAGUUCCCAAUACGGAUCAUGUGUGUACAAGAUUUUUCUUUGUUUAUGAAGAUGGUCAAGUGGGUGAUACCAGUAUAAAUACACAGGAACCAAGCAUUCAUAAAGAGAUUCUGCGAGUCAUUGGCAAUCAAACUGCUACUGGUUAAAAGGACCACUCUUAUUUAAUUGAUGUGAAGCCUUCCUCAGUCUCAAAGCUGGAUUUUGAACUGAAGAAGUUGCAAAAAACCUAAUUUAUUAUUAUUAUUCUAAACAAAUUAACCAUUUGAAUACUUACUGUUUUCUUACUUAGUAUUUCUUAUCUCAUCAAAAUACCAGGAUGGUAUCAAUUAGCAACUGUAGGGGAGCAAAAUCUAUUAUUAUACUAGAACAGUGAAUAAUUAAACAGGCAUUUGGGUUGCUCACAAUAAACAGACUUCAAAAAGGACUUUUGUGCUGAUAUUUUUAUAUUAAACUUCAAUUGGAGGUUUUAGUACUGUAUACUGGUAUUUUAAAUUUAGAAUGACUGAAUUAUAAGUGAGAGAGAAGGUUUUAUAGCGGAGCACCUGUAUUAUGCAGGAUACUUUGCAAUAAGUAAAAUAUUCUCAUAUUAAAACACAAUAAAAGGUUGUCUGGAAUAUGUAAAAUGAAAGGGAUUGGUUACCUGCAGCUAUCUUUGAUUCUUUUUAUUUUACAUAAAUGCAGCUAGCAUUUAGACUCAAAGGGGAAAGCAACAGUACAUUUUUUAUUUACUGAGUGAAACAAAGCAAAAAGUAAUGAAUGUGUAAGUGUAUGUUCAGCUUUCUUUAUCUUCUCUGGAAACACUGUCUUAUCCAUUAAGCAGGUCAGUUGCAUUUUUUGAUUAUAUAAAGCCUAGCAAACACCUGGAAAUCCUGAAGCUGUUAACUUCCUUUUUACAAAUUUGUUUUUUAUAUACUAGAUUUUACAGUUUCAUUAGAUCAACAAGGUUUUUUAAUGUUUGCAUCUUAACUUCAGUGAAACUGCUUUGUGGUUAACUUUAUCCACAGAUUUAAAAGUAUGUGCUGAAUUAAGGCUUUUACAUGGUUGAGUUGAUUGUUGGUACAUCAGAAAAUAUAAACAAAUGCAAAAUGUUACUCAUUUUGUCUUGGUGAAAUAUUUUUGUUGAUUUAUUCUUUGGGGAUAAAGAAAUCAUUUAAAUCUCUCUGUCUUUUAAACUAUCAACUGUUUUUUUCAAAGUGAGCAUGAUGGCAACACAGAUAGAGAAGGGCCUGGUCUCCAAGGCAUAAAGCAUACCCUGUGCCCUGAUGAGUGCCCUUGGCAGCCCUUGUGGUAGCUGUCUUGAAGCACCAGUCACACCUUCGAAGAUGGAGAGCAGUUCAACUUACCCAUCUGUGCAACAACUACAAGCCACUUCAGAAAGCAAAAAUAGACUGAAUGCUCUAUUAUGUUAUUUUCAUAAUAAAGAUAUUAAAGUGCCAAAUAACAGCACAACAGA